CUUCUGCAAGGUGCCCACAGUCGUCUGUCUGCAUCAUGUCCUUCAACUGCUCUGCAAGGACCUGCUCUUCCAGGCCCACUGGAGGACGCUGCACUGUUCCAGGGGUCCCAGUUGCCACAGCUCCUGCAGGUGAUGUCGACUGCCUGAGUGGUAUCUAUUUGCCCAGUUCCUUCCAAACUGGUUCCUGGCUCCUGGAGCACUGUCGAGAGACCAACUGUGAGCCGACUAUCUGCAAGCCAACACCGUGUUCUCGACAAACUACCUGUGUCCCCAAUCCCUGCUCGACUAUUGCCUCCAGUGGCUGUCGGCCCCUGCAAGGCAUCUCCAGUGUCUGUCAGCCAGUGGGAGGCGUCUCCACUCGGUGCCAACCAGCCUGCGGGUUCUCCAAGACCUACCAGCGGGCCUCCUGCGUGUCCAGCUGCCGAAAAACUUGUUAAGUGUGGAGAAGCCAGCAAGUGAAUCAAGACUCCAUGACCUGCCAGCUGUGUUUCCAGGAUCUUCCAGCAUGCUUCCUAGUCCCCGAAUAACUCUUGAUUGCUAACCCUUAGUCCGGCUGCCUGAUUACUGGCUGCUAGCCAUCCACAAGCUGUCUUUGGCAAUCGAAGAAUUUUCCGGCCAGGGCCAAGCUUAGUAUAAAGGCUAAUCACUGGUGGUGUGUAUGCCUCUGGAUGUUUCCAGAAAAUGAUCACCCACCCUCAAGUAUCUAAUGGUUUUGGCCUAUUUUGAUUUUGCUGCUGUAUCUCCUGGCUGUUGCUUUCUGUCUCUGAAAAAAAGAGCUUGUU